CAAGCCCAGGCACUGCUUCAUUGACUAAGAUGGGCUAAUAGGUCUGUGUCGCACAUGCAAUAGCCACUCUCCAAGUGACAAAUUACCCAUGCGCUCUCCAAGUGACAAAAUACCCAUGUCCUUUGCACACUGAAGAGCCUGCCAUGGCGGGAGCCCCGCCCGGCCUGGCCGCAGCCCCCACCCGGCAGAUAACCGCGGCUCCCGCCUCCCCCGGCUCUUCCCCACCCGCCCAGCGCGGAGUUUGCCCCGGUUCGGCAGCCGCUCUCCAGUCGCCGAGUGGCUCUCUCCGCAGUGCGGGCGAGGAUGGCUCGCAAACCCGCGGGCUUUCUGCAGGAGGCCUCUCACCAAAUCGUCGCCGGAGGCUCGGCGGGUCUUGUAGAAAUUUGCCUGAUGCAUCCACUCGAUGUAGUGAAAACAAGGUUCCAAAUUCAAAGAGGGAAAACUGAUCCAACCAGUUACAAGAGCCUGGGGGAUUGUUUUAGGACUAUUUUCCAACGAGAAGGAUUUCUUGGCUUCUACAAAGGAAUAUUUCCACCCAUCUUGGCUGAGACACCCAAAAGGGCGGUGAAGUUUUUCACCUUUGAACAAUACAAGAAGCUGCUAGGAUAUGCAUCAUUGCCACCAGGACUGGCAUUUGCAGUUGCUGGCUUGGGAUCUGGGUUGACAGAGGCAGUUGUGGUUAACCCUUUUGAAGUAGUAAAGGUUACCUUACAGACAAACCGGAAUGCCUUUACUGAGCAACCAUCUAGCUUUGUUCAAGCUCAGCAGAUCAUUAAAACUGAUGGUCUGGGGCUUCAAGGACUCAACAAAGGUCUUACUGCAACACUGGGCCGGCAUGGAGUUUUUAACAUGGUUUACUUUGGAUUCUACUUCAAUGUGAAGAACAUUCUUCCAGUCAAUAAAGAUCCAAAUUUGGAGUUUUUGAGGAAAUUUGGAAUCGGGCUAGUCUCAGGAACAAUAGCCUCAAUUAUUAACAUUCCUUUUGAUGUUGCAAAAAGUAGGAUUCAAGGACCACAGCCAGUUCCUGGAGAGAUCAAGUACAGGACCUGUUUUAAAACUAUGGCAACAGUCUAUAAAGAGGAAGGAUUUCUGGCUCUGUACAAAGGCUUGGUUCCCAAGAUCAUGAGACUUGGUCCGGGCGGUGCAGUGAUGCUUCUGGUUUACGAAUACGUUUAUGCAUGGCUUCAGGACACAGCUGGUCAGAAGUAGCACUUCUGAGCAAUGUACUCUUUAAAAUCAUGUGCA